UGGCUCCAUCAAAGAAAGGCUCGGGCGCCACCGCAGAUCACGAGUGCACGACACGACUUUCUGAAAUCAAAACCCAACAAAAACCCUCGCUCGCCUCACUUGUCCCCUCACCUCGCUGCGUCGUUCGUCCCCAGCUGCGGCGCGUCACUAGGACACGGAGGAGAUCCGGCGGCGAUUCCGGCGAUGGAGUACGUGAACCCCCUCACCGGCUUCCGCGUCGACGGCCGCCGCCCCAACGAGAUGCGGCAACUCAAGGGCGAGGUCGGCAUCGUUGCACGCGCAGACGGGUCGGCGCUGUUCGAGAUGGGCAACACCAGAGUCAUCGCUGCUGUCUACGGCCCCCGAGAGGUUCAGAACAAAGGUCAGCAAGUAAACAGCAACGAGGCUUUGGUUCGUUGUGAGUAUAGGAUGGCAGAAUUUAGUACAGGAGAUCGGAGGAGAAAACCAAAGGGUGACAGGCGAUCAACAGAAAUUUCUCUUGUUAUUCGACAGACAAUGGAGGCAAGCAUAUUAACACAUUUAAUGCCACACUCACAGAUUGAUAUAUAUGUCCAAGUUCUUCAAGCUGAUGGUGGAACAAGGUCAGCUUGCAUCAAUGCGGCAACACUAGCUCUUGCAGAUGCUGGGAUUCCAAUGCGAGACAUUGUCACAUCUUGUAGUGCUGGCUAUCUGUGUUCUACUCCUUUGCUCGAUCUGAAUUACCUCGAAGACAGUGCUGGGGGUUCCGAUGUCACCGUUGGCAUUCUUGCAAAGAUGGACAAAGUGACUUUGCUUCAGAUGGACGCAAAAUUACCGAUGGAUACAUUUGAAAAUGUAAUGGGACUUGCAAUAGAAGGAUGCAAAGCAAUUGCAUCUUACAUCCGAGAGGUGCUAUUGGAGAAUACAAAGAAACUUGAGUGUCAGCGUGGUUAAACUUUAGGAGUGCAUGCAGAUUAAUGACCUGAACCUGUCGAAGAUUGCUGACCCAACAAUGGACAUCAGACAGCCAUUAAAAUGUCUUACUGGUUGUGGAUGGAUGGCUUUUGUGCAGUGCAUUGCAGUGCACAGGAACUUCCUUGGCUUGCUUGAACUUCCAACGGAGUAUGUGUAAGUCAUCAGAAGUUGUUCAAGGCAGCUGGUCAUCAUCAGAGAUACAAGAUAUGUUUCCAUGUUUAAAAUUGUGAGGAACCUGGAAUUGUAAUCCUCAGAAAUUCCUGUAAACUGAUAUAAUUUGAGGGUGACAUUGUACUUCUAAUCCUCCGUAAGGUGUUAUUGGAAUUUUUGUGGCAGUUCCGUCAA